AUGCAUACAGCGCAGGCUCUUGCGUCCAUUCGGCGCUCCCGAACGUGCGAAAGUGAGGGCGGGAACUCUCGCGUACGCAAAUUCCCAAGUGAACACACGUCGUUGCUUCCCAAUACUAACAAUCAUAAUGGCAGCAAUGGCCAUGUUAACGGCAACACUAGCUACCAAGCAGGAGUAUCUUUGGGAACAAGUACCGCCGAUAACGACGGCAAUGACACGGCGCUUACGAUCAAAGAGGACGCCUGGGCUAUCUAUGCAAUGAUCAAGGAACAGCCACUCAACCUUUUGCUACUUGCAGCACCAUUGGCGAUCUGGGCAUCGUUUGGAGGCUGGAGUGAGCUUUGGAUCUUUAUCUUUAACUUUAUCGUCAUGAUCCCGCUUGCCAAUUUAUUGGGUGAAGCUACGGAGUCACUGGCUUUCCACACGGGUGAGACAAUCGGUGGACUCGUGAACGCUACAUUUGGCAACGCCGUGGAAGUCAUCGUCGCUCUUUUCGCACUCCAAGCGGGUGAGAUCAGUGUAGUGCAAAGCUCUCUUAUCGGCUCAGUGCUGUCCAAUCUACUGCUCGUACUGGGAUGUGCAUUUAUCGCCGGUGGUGUGCGAAACAAGGAGAACUCAUUCAAUGCCGUUGGUGCUAGCGCCAACUCGUCGCUGCUUAUGUUGGCCAGCUUUGCCAUGCUGCUACCCAGUUACAUCUUCUACUUCUCGGACCACGACUCGGAGGAAAUCCGUGUGGCCAACACACUCAUAUUGUCGCGCAUCGCUGCCGCCUUCUUGCUCUUCAUGUACUUGCAGCUGCUCUUCUUCCAGCUUAAGACGCACGCUGACUUUUUUGAAGACGAACACUGCGAAUCCGAGGAGGUCGUGGCGCUAUCCGCGCGAGCCAGCGCGACGGUGCUGCUUACAGCAACCCUGCUCGUAGCCAUGUUCUCCGAGUUCCUCGUCGAUUCCAUUGACGGUUUUGCCGAGCAAAUGCACUUGAGCAAGUCAUUUAUCGGCAUCAUCCUGUUGCCGGUCGUGGGAAACGCUGUGGAGCACGUGACGGCCGUCAAGGUGGCAUUGAACAACAAAAUGGAGCUCGCAAUGGGCGUCGCAGUGGGAUCAGCAACGCAGGUGUCUCUUUUUGUGGUUCCCGUUGUCGUGAUCUCUGGCUGGUUCAUGGACCGCGAAAUGUCACUGGCAUUCCCUCAAUUCGAAAUCCUCAUCUAUCUCAUGUCGAUCAUUAUCGUGUACGCCAUUAUUGCUGAUGGCAAGUCCAAUUGGCUCGAGGGCUCGAUGCUACUCACUGCGUACGCGCUGGUGGCCACCUCCCUUGUAUGGGUUGAAAUUCCUACUGCACAAUAA